AUGGCUAGUACCUCUACAAACGAGCUCUGUUUUUUCCUCCGUAUAAAACAUUUUCCACCGGUUAUAGAUGGAAGAAUUAAUAUACAAGAAUUUAUAGAAGCAUCUACGGAUUUAGUUGCAGUAGUAGAACGCCUUGGCUCAGUAUUCGCUCCUGUAAAGUUUGAUAUGCAAGGAAAUAUCGACAAAUUAAAAAAUCUUUACAAAUAUGACGACAAUUCUUGCUUACUGGAGCUAAUGCUUGCUGAAAAUGCUAAUGGUUCGCCUGUUGCAGCUGAAGGUGUACUGUGGCUAAACAGGGCCUUGCUAUUUUUUGAGAUUUUGUUUUCACAAAUCCUGUCGCACGUUCAAGCCAAUGAUAUUGAUAUAAAUAUGAAAAAAAUAUUUACUGUGGCUUAUGAGGGGUCUGUGAAAAGAUAUCACAACUGGGUCACCCAACAAAUAUUUUCUUUUAUAUGUAAAAUGUCCCCGACUCUUCCUCAAGUAAUGAAAUCUUUUGAAAUGGACAAUGACUUGAAAGGAUUCGAAACAAAAAUUGAAAGCUUCCACAAAACUUUGCAUUUAGUUAGACAGAAAAUUGAUGAGUUCUUUACAGAGAAUAAUCUAUUCACUGAACAAAUAAAGAAGUAA